ACUAGCUUUCCGGACUUCAUAAAGUAAAGUUUUGCUUCUAAGAAAUAAUAAACCGUGUGAUACUCUAUGAUAUUAAUAAUAGUGAAAUAAAAAUGAAGAGGAUAUCAGACAAGCAAUUGAGCUUUUUAAUGUUCAUAUUUUUGGUGAAAAUUGCAUGUUCAGACUGGACUUCACCGUUUCUUAUCACUGAACGAGUGGAAGACGUGACUAUAGAUUUACGACUUUCUGAUUAUGUAUCGCUUACGAUGAAGGAAGAAAUUAUUUCACCAUUUACUGUUGCUUAUCUAAAUGAGUACAGUGGAAACGAUACCCCAGUUAUUAUGCCAUUCAGUGCAGGUCAAUCAAUAAAUUUAGGUUUAAAGUUUGAAAAGAAUAACACAAGGUGGAAUAUGAUAGUGACGAAAACACAAGAUUUUGAAAAUGAGGAUAACAGAAGAUAUAUCUUUGAAUUAAAAGUUGGACUUAUCUCAGUGACAGUGGUUAUCAUUAUUGAAAAUAUCUUCGAUAACUCUCCAAGUGUUUCUUAUGAAAAUCCUUGUGUUGUAGAAGAAUUGACAGAAGAAAAUUAUGAGUCACAGUGCGUCUAUAAAGUAAUGGAUCUUGAUGGAAUGAUGAAUAAUACUAUAAGAUUUGAGGUUCACGGAAAUUUCAACGAAAGUGAAAUAUUUGAUUUUAAGAUUAACUCAAGUUUGAAUGAAGAAUAUUCUGAAACCUAUAGUUUAUUGUUGAAGAAACCCCUUUUCUAUGACAUCAGAUUUUACUAUUCAUUUCGUGCAACAGUAUAUGAUAUUGCAAAUAAUCAGUUUUCAUUCAACAUAAUUGUUGAAGUGAAGGAUAUGCCAAAUAAACCUCCAAUGUGGAUUCGAGUAUUUGCAUCGGCACAAUUUUUCGAGAAAGAGGCUCAGGAAUUUCAAGCAGAAGCAAUCGAUGGAGAUACAGGCAUUAAUGAUCCAAUUUGUUACACCUUAAUAUUCGACGAAGACAAAGAUUUUUCAAAUUUAAUAACCAUUGAAGAAACAACAGGAAAAAUCCAAGUUAAACCAAUAGACAGAGAUAGUCUGAAAAUCGAAGUAUUUCCAUUUUAUAUAAAAGCAUAUGAGUGUCAAGAUGAAACAUCUUGGAUUAAUAACUCCGCUGUGCUAUUAGUUGAUGAUUUAAAUGAUAAUAUACCAUUAAUAUAUUUUAAUGCGACAAAAAAUGUCAUUGAAAUGUACGAAGAAACCUUCUAUACACUGUUUGAAACGUCCGAGCUUUUAAUCAUAGAUGCAGAUCUUGGAACCAAUGCAAUGUACAGUGUUAAAUUAGAACGAGAAAAUUUUGCUUCUGCCUUCAACAUAAUACCUCGAAUCGGAUAUCAGGAACAAUCCACAUUCUCCAUAUCAGUUUUGAAUCAAAAUCUUUUGGAUUAUGAAAAUCUAGAAUUUCAAAGUUUUGAUAUCUCUAUUAUAGCGACUGAAGUAUACGACUCAUCUCAUAGUUCGGAAAAAACUUUUCAUAUUAAUUUAUUGAACUGGAAUGACGAACUGCCUGAAUUUGAAAGCGAUGGAUAUGUGUUUAAUAUAAAUGAAACUGUGGGAAGUGAUUUUUCAAUUGGUUUUGUCAAAGCAUCCGAUCGUGAUAUUGAUGAUGAAAUCGAAUAUUUUUUGAAUGACAAAAUAAGUGAAAAGAUUUUUAUAAACAUGACAUCUGGUGAAUUAACAACAAUUUUGGACAAGACAUUUGACUAUGAACAGCAAUCGAUUUUUACUUUUCAAGUUUUUGCUAGAGAUACAUUGCAAACAAGAAAUGAAUCCACUCAUACAACGUCUACUCAAAUUCAAAUCAAUGUGAUUGAUGUAAAUGAUACUCCUCCUACAAUAGUUUUGCCAAGAACAUUCUUAACAGUUACUGAAAAUGGACUCGAUGCAUUAAUUACGAAUGAAAUUGAAGUCUAUGAUCCUGAUACAUCAGCAGAUUUAAGAGUUUUUAUUGAUUGGAGUCAAUCGAUUGCAAGUGGAUUAGAUGUAGAGAUAGAAGAUUAUGAGAACUGUGUAGAAAUAUUUGAGAAGGAAUUGAAUAACAAUCGUUUAAAAGGAACUUUAAAAUCAAGCUCUACAAAAAUUAUUGAUUAUGAGAAAUUCCAAAUUUUAUUUCUAACAAUUACUGCUGUUGAUUUAAAAACGGAAGUAAACGAUAAUUCAACAAGUGCAGUUUUGACGGUUUUUGUGCUUGAUGUUAAUGAUAAUGCACCAGAGUUUGUUGGAAAUACUUUAGAAGUAAACAGAAGUGUGAUUGAGGAAUCAGAAUCGGAUGUUUUUAUUGGAUUUCUGCAUGCUGUAGAUAAAGAUGGACCUGGUUACAAUGAUAUAUCAUUUACAUUGAUCCCACGUGAUAACAAAACAAAUGAGUGGGUAAAAAUUGGGAAUAAAUCGGGAGAAUUGAGUGUGGCUAAAAAUAAAUCAAUAGACUGUGACAUUCCAAAGCGAUUUUAUUUAGAAUAUGACGUUAAAAUCAGUGAUGGAGAACUGGAAAACUUUGGAAAUAUAUCCAUCGCAAUUAAUGAUAUAAAUAAUAAAAUUCCAAAGUUAAUCUUUUUUGAGGAUGUCAUUGAAAUUUAUGAAAAUUCAAGCGAUCUUCUGUUAAAAACUAUUGAAGCAAAUGAUUCAGAUCGAGACGAGCCUCAUAAUGUCUUACAAUAUACAAUAAAUUAUCAAAGUAAUUUUGAGCUCCAAAGAUUUUUUACUAUUAAUUUAACUUCUGGAGAAUUAAGAGUUAAAAAACUUGAUGAGUAUAAUAUUUUGGACAGAGAUAUAGAACCAUCAGAGUAUUCCAUUCCAAUUUAUAUCGAAGAUAAUUUAGGAAUCGGAGCUAGAAAUGGAAUUCAACAUAUUGUGCAAAUUAUUUUAUUAGAUGUUAAUGACAACGCUCCACAAAUGCCAAUAAACUUGGAUUUUACAACUGCUCUAAUUAAUGAAGAUCUAAAAAAGUCAACGAUAAUUGUGGACAAGUUAUAUGCUCCUGAUAUUGACGAAGGAUUUAAUGCAGAAGUUCUAUAUGAAAUUUUAUCAAUAGAUCCAGUAACAGUUGAUCGAGAGCAAUUGCAAUAUAAAAAUCUAUUUGUAUUGGAUAAUUAUGAAAACAAAUAUACUCGUAUAAAAACUGGGAUCGAUUUAAAAGGUUAUAGUGGAACUUGGUGUCUUAAAAUUCUGGCAGUGGAUCGAGGAAAUGAAACUAUAGGAGGGUAUAGUCUUUCAUCAGAAUCAUCUUAUCAAAUCAAGAUUGAUCCAUUUAAUUAUAACAUUCCAAUCAUAACAUUUCCUUCAAAGAAUAAUAAUAUUAUUAGAUUCGACUAUGGAGCUUCUGAAAUAGGAAAAAACUUGGUUUUACUGAAUGGCUCAAACUUUCCAGCAUUUGAAGCUUUUGAUGAUGAUGCAGGGAUCUUUGGAGAUGUAACCUUUGCUUUUGAGCCAGAUACCCAAAGUUAUUUUGAAUUUAAAAAAAAUGACAAAAGACUUUCCGAACUGCAUUUGAAAUCAAUAGUGGAAAAGAAAGUUUAUGAGAUAACAGUUAUUGCUUUUGACGGUGGAAAUUAUAGAAGCGACUAUUUAAGCGUUUCCUUCGCAUUUGUCGACAAAACCAGUGAGCCAUCCUUUGACUAUAACACAUGGAGAACUGUUUUUACUGAAAACCAAACUGGACUCGAGGAAUUUCAAAAUAUACCUGAAGCAAUUGAUCCUAAAAAUAUUGGCAUUCAAAAUGGUGAACUAGAAUUUAAGAUCUUUUACUAUCUUGACGAUUCAUAUAGACCAGAAGAUGCACAAUUUUUCACAUUGAAUAGUUCAACAAAAGUUUUAAGAUUAAAUAAAAUGUUGGAUAGAGAAGUCGUUGAUUAUCAUUCAAUAAGGAUUAUCGCCAGCAAUAAGGAAACAAUGCCAGACUUAAGAUUUGUGUCUGAUAAAGCUUUGUUGUAUGUUGAGGUUGACGUCGAUGAUGUAAAUGAUAAUGCACCUAGUUUCAUAUAUGAACAAUAUGCAGUAGGCAUAUCUGAACGCGACAAUCUUGAGAAGAAUUUACUAACGUUAGAAGCAACAGAUCCUGAUUUAUAUGAUGUCAUUAAUUACAAAAUAUUAAAGGAUACAAUAGAAACUUCUAAUAGUGAAUUGAUGUAUUUAAAAGAUUCGGCGUUCGUUGUAAAUUCGAUUUCUGGUGCUUUGCUUUUAAAUUUUGAAGUUAAGUCAACAAUGAGUGGAUACUUUACUUUUCAAGUUGAAGCAUGUGAUUUAGCUAAUCAUACAGACACAACAAAUAUCAAAAUAUUCAUUGUAGCAGAACUGAAUCGUGUAACUUUUUCAUUCAAGAAUACUGUGGAUGAAGUUAAAGCAGCAGAUCAACUAACUUUAGCUCAGAUAUUUGCUGAUGCAUAUAAUGCAGAAUGCAUUAUAGAUGAUAUUUUACCAUAUCAAACUUUAACAGGCAUUGUGGAUGAAAAAGAAACAAAUUUUCGAGUUCAUUUUGUCAAAGAUAACGAAGCAAUAAGUGCGGAAGAGAUCAAACAACGUUCAUCUGAUAUUUCAUUUAUUACUGAAUUAGUGUCAACACUGAACACAAGAUUAGCUUUAACUUUGAAAGGCUUGCCUACUUAUAAUAGUGGAAAUGAUAUUAAUAAUGUUAACAGUAAAAUAAUGGAAAUAAUUUUAGCAAUUGUUGCUGGAGUCUUGUGUAUUUUACUAGUUGCCGUGAUUACACUUUAUACGACUCAAAGGAGAAGUUUUAACAGACAACUUAAGGCAUUAUCAGAACAGAAAAGUGACAUUGAUUAUCAGAAAUUUCAAAAUGUCAAGGCGCUACCAAAUACAAAUAUAUAUGCAGGAACAAACAACCAAUUCAAUCCAGUCAUGAUACGCGAUCUUGAGGAAACAAAAAAUUUUGAAUCUAGGAGCAUUGAUUCAAACGAUUCCGAUGAUUUUGCAGAUUUGUCUAAAAAUCAAAUUUUUAACAUAAGCUCAAAGAUUGAUAGCUCGUCAAGUGUAUGAGCUCAAUAAUUAUAAAUGAUGAUAAUAAAUACUAUGUUU